ACACGAAGGACCGAACCCAGUGAGUGCGUGUCUGCCUCUCUUGCUGUCAUUAACGGCUCUGAAAUGAAUGAAAAGCCGCUUUCUCGGACACAGACACCGGGGAAUGACUCUAAGGACCGCCUCAGGACGCCGGCUACCGCUCUCUGUCCGGGUAGAGGACAGCGGAUAAUUACCUUUCCUCCGGACAGGACAGACCUGACGGUGCGUGUGUGAGCUACAGCCGAUUGAUGGUGCAGAGGCGCGUGCGGCGCUGUUACGAAAUACAAAGCAACGGUUUGUUGACAGCGCGAGGACGGAAGACAGAUAAAUACGGCAUCUAAUUGAUGAGACGUUUACGUGACUUCUCUGUGGGUGUGUGCGCCAUAUUCCCCAUGCACCUGCACUUCCUGUGAAUGAAUGAAGAUCCUAGGCAGAUACCUUUCACUGACUGGGACAGAAUCUAUUAGUUUAUUUUUGCCUCUUUGUUUUUAGCUCUGCAGAGAACAACAUAUGCAAUCAUUCUUGUGCAGUUCUUUUUCUCUACCUCAUCUCUUUUUGUCAAGCCAUUGGAUUUGAUGCCAUUAUAAGGACUGAUCUUUGAAGAGCUUUACUCUGUUCAAGAUGAAAAAGGUUAUUUUGCUCUAAAACCAUGUGUUUGCUCUGAUGCAACUUUAAACCUGUGCUUUUUUGUUUACAUGUGAUUGAAUUUAUCACAAGUAUCCAGCUGUCUGAAAAUAAUUAGAUACCCCCCAUUCCUGGUAGCUAUAAGCCUGUGGAAUGCUUGAUCUCAAGAUGAAGGAGACGUGUCGCAUCUGUGGGAGGGAGCUCUGCGGUAACCAGCGUCGAUGGAUCUUCCAUCCCACCGCCAAACUAAAUCUGCAGGUGCUGCUGUCUCACGCCCUUGGGCGAGAGCUGACCCGGGAUGGCAAAGGAGAGUUUGCUUGCUCUAAGUGCACCUUCAUGCUGGACCGUAUGUACCGCUUUGACACAGUGAUCGCCCGAGUAGAGGCACUGUCCAUCGAAAGGCUGCAGCGGCUUCUGCAGGAGAAACAUCGAUUGAGGCAGUGCAUCGGAGGACUCUACAAAAAAACAAACGCAGAGGAGGGUGGUGUUUCAAUAACUGGAGGUAAUGAAGGACCAGGAGAUGGGAUGGUGGACAUUUCAGGACUCACUCAUGCAAAGUACUGUGCCUUGCUCCAGGACGACCUGGUCUACUCAUUGUACGAGUCCUGGGCAGAGGACGGCUCUGAGUGUCACCACCACCAAACUCAAUGUGCUGCAGGUGCAGGAUCAGAGGUCACAGUCGCAGUCUCACAUCGGUGUGUACAUAGCACCCCCAGGAAGUGUCGAGGAUGUUCAUACUGGCGAGUGGCAGACUCUGAUUAUGAAGCUGUUUGUAAGGUGCCCAGGAAAUUAGCACGGAGUAUUUCCUGUGGGCCGUCAACCAGGUAUUCAGCCAGUGUCAUUGGAGGAAGUUUGACAGGAGGAGCAGGAGAGAGAAAACAAGUGGAGGAUUCAGAAGAAGCCCCUUCCUCUCUGACCCUGGUUCCUGGCUCUCAGGACCCUUCACGAACGACUGACAGUGAUCGCACCCUGGCAGGACGAGCCAGCUCCAGCCCCUCCAUAGCAUCCUUGGAGACUACUGAGGAGUACAUCCACUCAGGAGCCUUAACAGAUGGCCACCUUAGCUCCCCCAGGGACCCAGUAGAUGAUCAGUUAUACGACUCUCUCUCUGAGGAGCACAUGGGAGCCUCACAUGGUCAGGCCUCACCUGGACCAAGUCUCUCUCUGGCUCUUUGUAUGCUGCAGAGCUGCAACAUCUACAGGCCGGUCCGGAGCUCUAAGGGGAGCAAACUGCCAGUUCUCCUCAGACAGAGCUCCAGUAAUGGGGGCCCAAGGCUGAGCUUCCCUGAUCCUGUCUUGGGACUGUCUUAUGACACUCCAGAUGGAGAAAGGCACAACCACAUCAGGACACCUGAGCUGGAGACACCCCUGAUCCGGCUGGUUGAUCAGGAUCUGAACCUAGCGGACAUGGAAGAAUUGAUGGAAGAUUUAUACAAAGAGUACCCUCGCCCACCUCCUCACCAGAGCCUUGUUGAAGAGCAGCAAAGCCAGCUAAACCAGUAUGAGUGUGCAGCUGGUCAGUGUGUCAGCGAGCUGCAGAAGGCCCAGCUCCAGGUCCAGUCCCUACAGGCCAAGAUCCACGAGAGUGAGGCCAACAAUAUGAAACUGCAGGAGAAGCUGAACGAGAUGGAGUGUGAGUUGCGUGCAAUCCGUCAGGCAGCUCAGAGUCAAGAAAGAACCAUCCAGGGUCUCACAGACUCCAUCACCACCAAAGACAGUGAGGCCCAGGAGCUGUACCAGCUGAUUGAAGAGCAGAACACCACGCUAUGUAAGCUGAGAGAGAUGGCUCACCGCAACCAGCUCCCUCAAUGCAAGGCUCCAGAAGGGGCGGGCGAGUCUUUAACACUUGCCCAGCUGCAGGGUGAGCUGGUGGGGGUGCAGAGUUCUUUGUUCUCCCUUGGUCUGGAGCUGGAGGCCAGCCAGAGGAGUCUGAGACAGAGCCAGAAGCAAGGAGAGGACCUGGUGAGGUUUAAGGAGCGACUCAACUCUGAUCUGCAGGAGGCUCUGCAACAUAGGGAGGCCACUGAGAAACACAACCAGGACCUGCGCAGCGCCCUCCAGAAAAUUCGCUCUGAUCUCCAAGCUAAAGAAGCAUCUCUAAAGGAGAGUGAGGCAGCGAGGCACACAGUGGUGCAAGAGAAGGAAAGAAGCAUUGUGCAGCUCAAACACUGUCUGCAGGACAAGGAGCGACAGUUACAGGAAUACUCAGAGAUGUUGGACUCAGCAGGAAGUUCCAAACCAAGGGACGCUCUGCUGGAAAAACUAAAAGAGAGGAUUAAAGAUAGAGACAGAGCUCUGGAGCGCUCCAUCGAUGACAAGUUCCGCUGCGUGGAGGAGCGCGAGGAGCAGGUGAGGAGGCUGCAGUUGGCCCUCAGGGAGAAAGAGCGAGACCUGGACAGACUGCGCUGCAUCCUGUCCAAUAACGAGGAGACCAUCACGAGUCUGGACGGCUUGGUACGCAGUAAAGAGCUGGAGCUGGAGCAGGCAGCCGAGGCCUACAGAAACCUGCAAUGGCUGCAACAGCAGAGUGAGGAGAAGGAGAGAAACAUUCAGAGAGAAAAAGACAGCAUUAUUAAUCAGCUACAGGCAGCCCUACAGGCACGCAGUCAAGAAACACAGGAUUUGACAGCUGCCCUCGUUGCCAGAGUUCAGGCUGGUCCCUCUGAGGUUGUAGAGGAGUUGAAGGCUCGGCUGGCGCUGAAGGAGAAACUCUUUGAAGAGCUGCUGUCAGACCGUAGCCGUCAGUCCAACGAACACCAGGCUCAGGUUCAGGACAUGCUCAAUGCUCUGAGCUCCAAAGACCAGUAUCUGCAGGACCACUCCUACAGGCUCUCAGUUGUGAUCAGCGAGCAGACGGGUCAGCUGCAGGAGCUGCGCAGACAUCUGCUAUCAAAAGAGCAGGAGCUGUGUGCCCUGAAACGAGACAAAGAGAGAGAGAUGGUUGGAGGAGAGGCUGAGCACCUGCGGGGUCUGCUCAAAGAGAAAGAAGCUUUCAUCAAGGAGCUGAUGCAGAAUCAGGAGGAGGUGAUGCAGCCGUGUGCUAAAGAGAGCGAGGCGGAGAUGAAGGCUCUGCAGGAAGAGUUGCAGCUAGUGCUGAAGAAAGAGAGGGAGGCUCAAAAGGAGCUCUCUGCUCUUCGUCUUUCUUUGUCUCACCAGGAGGCAGCAAAAAACACAGACAUCACUGAUCAUCAAAGUGUGCUUGAGCAGCUUGUGUCCGAGUACAAUAAGCUGAAUAGUGCCCUGCGGACGGAGAAGAGAUUAUACCAAAAUCUAGCACAGGAUCACACAAAGAGUGACAGCUCAGAGAAGAUCCAGGCCCUGCACACUGAGCUGGACUCAGUUCAGGCUCUGCGCUCACAGCUGGAGGAGGUUCUGUCCAGGACCCAAAACAUGGCCCUGAAGAUGGAGUGGGCAGCUAAAAGGCAGCCUGACUUUGGAGAGCUCAGCACAGAAGACGAGGAGGAGGAAGAAAAGGAAGGGGAGGGAGACAAUGAAGGAGGCAGCAGUGAUGAGUUCACAGACAGCAUAGAGGAGGACGAUAAAGUGACUGCCAGAGGUUUCCAGGCGCGUGGCCCCGAGGGUGUGACCAGAGCACCAGCAAGGGAAGAAAUAUUCAAGAGAGCUGAUGUGCUACAGCUCGAAGAAGAAAAGCGAAGCCUUGAAAGCCAGCUUGAAGAAAUGAGGUUCCAACUAGAGAGGGAUGGAUACACGUCUGUGGCUCAGAUGAGGAGUACCCUGCAGAGGUUACAGCUGGAGAAUCAGGCUCUGAAAGAAAGCAAAGGAAGAUCUCGGUUUGAUAAGAAUCAUAGCAGUCUGAUCCAGGAAGAGGAGGAGGAGGAGGAUGAAUAUUUUGAAGAAGAGGAUGAAGAAGAGGAAGAAUCUCCAAUGCCUGCAGGGAAAAGAGGUCCUCCUUCUGUCAGUCUGAGUGAUAAGCGAGGGAAGAGGCUGUGCACGACCCAUCUUCAUGCACAGCGGCCUGACAUGGAGAGCAAGCGAGCAGGCGAAAGCAGGGAGGUUGGGGCACUCUGGCAUGAUGUAGAGGAGGGUCUUCGUGAGCAGGCAGCUCAUCUGCGCUCGGAUCUGGAACUGAGCCAACAAGAGAACCGAGAGCUGCAGGAGAGGCUGAUGGUGUCUGAGGCCACGGUGCACGCUCAGGCCGAACAGCUGAAGGACUACAGAGACCUGCUCACAGAGACGUCGGUCCAGCAGGCCAGUAAGCAGGUGCAGGUGGAUCUCCAGGAUCUUGGUUAUGAGACGUGUGGUCGCAGUGAGAACGAAGCAGAGAGAGAAGACACCAGCAGCCCAGAGUUUGAUGACCUGGAGAUGUGCACGUCACUCUCCCAUCAGCAGGACUACGACGGUGUGGGUGGGAGCUGGUACUCUGGCAGCAGUAAGAGGGGUGCUUAUGAAGUAAGAGAUGAGUCAGCUUCUCUGCAGCAUCUGGUCCAGGAUCUGCGCUCACAGCUGACCCGCUGCCACAAAGUUAUCCGUGGGCUACAGCUCCGUGUACGCUCACUGUCCACCACCAGUGACUACGCCUCCAGUCUGGAGCGAACCCCGCGAAAGGUAAACUGGGCCUUUGAGACAUCUCCAGCCCCCAGCGGUGUAGAGGAGGAUGAAGGCUGGAUGUCCGACACCCAAGGCAUCCGCUCAGUCUCAAUGCCCAGUAGGGAGCUGCAAGAGCUGAUGGAUAGAGUCGCUUCACUUGAAGCGCAGCUGAAAAGCUCCAGACUGGAGGGCAAAGGCCAAGCAGAGGAGGGGAAGUGUGCCACCUGGCCAGGGAAGUACAACUCUCUGAUCCAGACUCAGGCUCGUGAGCUGUCCCACCUGAGGCAGAGGAUGAGAGAGGGGCAGGGAGUGUGCCAAAUCCUCACACAGCACCUUGGUGACACCACUAAGGCAUUUGAGGAGCUUCUGCGGUCCAAUGACAUCGAUUACUACAUGGGUCAGAGCUUCAGGGAGCAGCUGGCACAGAACUCUGCCCUCGCACAGAGAGUGGUCGCCAAGAUCAGCGGACGCGACCGUACAGAGAGCCAUGAUGACAAGAGAGGCCAUGAGCUGCUUGCCUUAAGGCUGAGUAAGGAGCUCCAGCACAAAGAUAAAAUCAUCGAGUCUCUUCACACCAAGCUGCAGCAGCGUCCAGAAACGCCAUCCAGCUGCCAGGCUCUCUCUGAGACCACUGACCAAUCAGACCGAACCUCCCUGGUCUCUGAUGAGUACAGAACUACAGAGGACUUGGAGCUGUGCUCUGAUUUAGAUGCCAGAGAGUUUCAGGAGGAGCAGUGUCUGCAGCAGCAGCACCAACAUGGAUCAGAACAGGACGUCAGUCCAUCUGUCCCUCCUCCUCAUGGACUCCUCAAGUCCUCCAGCAGCUGUCCUAACAUGCACUGCUCAGCCCCUGUGGGUUUGACCUGUCAGUCCUCCACAGCCCUCCACAGGCCGCCUGUCUCCUUCUCCUUCUCUGUCCCUUCUGACCCUGACGUCUGGGGUAAAAAAGUCACUUCUGAUCCCCGGCCCAGGGCUCUGUCUGUGAUAGCUGUUAGGCCUGAGCUGGAAACGCUCUACAAAAAGAUGAAUGAGCAGGACAGGGGCUUUGACGUUUCCCAUGACCAGGCUCUGUAUCCCCUCUCACCUGGAGCUCACAACCAGCAUGACCUCUCCAGCAGCUACAGCCAACUUUCCCAUCAUGCCUUUCAACAGUAUCAGUUGGGUGGUAUUCCUGAAAGCCACUCACUGAAGUCUGACUCAGGUCUGGUGACAGGAGGGACUCUGUGGGACAUGGAGAACAUGGUUCAGCAGGUUGGGGGCUUUUCUGGAUCACCAGGACACACGCAGGCAGGCAGCCAUGCAGGAGUGAAUUUGAUAGAGGAACACCUGCGGGAGGUGAGGUGUCUACGUCAGCGUCUGGAGGAGUCAAUAAGGACAAACGAGAGGCUCCGGCAGCAGCUGGAGGAGAGACUGGCUACUACAGGGCGAGAAGGAGGGGCCCCAACAAACAUCUACAUUCAGGGCCUGGACUCAGUGACUCAACUGUCCAAUGAGAUCAGAAUCCUGAAAGAGGAGAACUUGGCUCUACAGUCACGUCUGCAGGCCAGCACAGACUCCUGUGAGGAGGUGGUGCAGCUACGGGAGGCAGUUUUUACUGCACGCGCUCGCCUGAAACAAGCAGAGCUGGAGGCAGAGCAGUGGAAGGAGGAGCUAAGACGACUUCAGGCUCACAGUCAGGAGCAGGGCCAGCAGAUCCAAAUGUUGAGGCAGGAACGACAGAACAGUCAGGAGAAAACCAACAGGCUCCAGCAUGAAGUGUCUCUGCUGCAGCAGCAGCUCUGUGAGAGCAGAGAGCUCAUCCACUCCCUGCAGAGUGAGCUGCAAGUGUACGACCGGGUGUGCACAGGUACAAAGGCCAACAAAGGUUUCCUGUGUGAGCUCCCUGGUUUGCCCGUGGAGCUGGGGGAGCUGCUUGGGGAGGUGAGGAGUCUGCGAGCGCAGCUGCAAACCAGCGUCCAGGAGAACAGCGCCCUCAAACAGCUGGAGCUCCACAAGCAGCUAGAGCAGAAGCUGGGUGUGGUUUCUCCUCGGACCCCCUCCCUCUCUGCUCUCACUGCCAGUCCUCAGAGAGAAAACUUCUACAGGCGACAACUGCUCCACGACCCAGCUCCAUCUCCACCCGUCAGGGACAUUGGUCUGUUUAACUGUGGAUCUCCUGGUCCGCCAUAUUCAGACCUGGAUGACUGCCCUAGCACUGCCAACGCAGAGCCUCUGGACCCCCACUCUGAGCUGGAGGGGGACGCCCCCGAUGGAUCAUUUGCAAACCGCAAUGGGCGUCACGCCAUAGGCCAUGUGGAUGACUUCAGUGCUCUGCAGCAGCAGGUCUUGGAGGGUCGCAGCCUUGUGCAGCGUAUGGAGAGCACCUUGCAGGCCUGCCUCAGUCCACCGCUGCUGGAGAGGGAACAGAAGCAGAGCAAUGAACUGAUACUUGACUAUGGCUGUGUGAAGAGUCUUCUCUCCAACACAAAGACUCUGAGGCAGAUCCUGGAGGAGGCAAUGUCUCUGCUGAAGAUGUUCUGGAGAGCAGCUCUUCCCAGCACUGAUCCCUCUGUUCAAAACCUGAAGAAGGAGCAGUGCAUGCAGGAGGAGAUUUUGUCCCUAAAGCUGCGUGUUUCAGAGCAAGAGGAGGCUCUCAGAGGAACGAUUCAGAGACUGAGGAGCACCAGCCGAACCAAGGAGAGCAUGGAGCACUUUAUAGUCAACCAGUUGUCAAGGACUCGUGAUGUUCUGAAGAAAGCAAGAACAAAUUUAGAGAAGAAUGAGCUGAGACUCUCCUCUCUUAGCUCCUCCUCUUCCUCCUCUCCUCACGCUGCUGAGGAGCCAGGAGGUGCUUCCAGAGAGCGGCCUGCUGAUCGCAGUUUCCUGAAGACCAGCAGCAGCACUGCAGGAAGUGCAACACAUCAACAUCCAGCGGCGAGGAAACGCAGCAGCCAAUGCCUGCUUUAGGCUUGGAAAAAAGAACCAGCCUUUGUGCUACCACUUCUGACCUCUUUAGUAAAACAGCCAAGACCUGCUAUUCCCCCACCUCCCUCUCCCCCACACCAGCCUCACCUCACCUCUGCCUUUACCUCCGUCCAGCCAUGAGAGUGCUUCCUCCUUCCCUGUUCCUCUUCCAGGCAACAUGUGCACAGUAUAAUCUGCACCGUCGGCCUUAUCGAACUCCCCUCACCUCACCUCCCUCACUUAUAAUCUGCCACUCUCCAUCCUCUCUCCCACACAUGUAGUGUUGUCUUUGAGUGACACGGUCAGCAGUUUGCCUUGUCGCACGUGUGACAGAAGAAGGUGUUUGAAACGUGUUUCUGGUGGUUAAAGGUGACGCGAGUCCUACUGAUGGAGCUGGAAGAAGAUACUCUUAGUUCAGGUUUUUAGUCAAAUUUGGAUCAAGUUUUCAGCAGUUUUCUUAAAGAGACUUGUAGGAUAAAUGUGCCUGAUUAUAAAAUAUAUGAAAGAAUCAAUGAUACGCUUAAGAGAUCUUACAAGUUAGAAUAUAAAGUUUGUAAACACUCAACCUGGAUCUGUAGCUAAGAGCUUCUUCUCUUGAAAGCCUGUGGACAAAAGAUGGUUCUGCAUGUUUAAUAAAGGCUUGUGUGAGGAAUUCUGCACACAGGAACACACAUUGUAAACUUACCUACAUAUGUGGUUGAAGACAGCUCACUCAAAGACAACACAUCUUCCACUUUGACUGCCACAGAAAUGCAAGUUUACUUCUAGUGGCACUUUUAUUAACAAGGACAAUUUGUUUGCAAGUGCAAUGCAAAAAAACAGUGACUCCCGCAUACGUAUCACUACACACCAUGGAGGAAUGUAGAGUAGUUGUGUACUAGCUGUAUCUGAUUUUGUGAAGGAGGCUUAUGUAUGGUUUGUGUGCCAUAAGCCAAGCUCAAAAAAACAUUUUUUGGCAUCUUACUACUGAAUUUUGAUUGAACAAACACAAGGGGGAGGGAAAUUUAAUGCGCAAGACUUUCAUCAGUGUGAUUUUAAAGAAUGUACACCAUGUAUGUAAGAAAAAAGUGCUCAAAUGGAACCAGGCUAAACGCGUAUUCAAGCUCCUCUGUAGGAGUUCUCAUACGAGCAUGUGCAAUAAUGAUGUUGUUUCUUGAAUGAUCAUGCUGCACUGAGUUAUUAUUAUUAUUAUUAUUUCUUAGCUUGUCACUGGACUUUCACUCAUAUAACAACCUGUAGGACAUGAUCAGUGUUACGAUUGUACUCUAGUCUGAAGUGUUGAUGCAUGACAGAGAUUGUAAAAGGUAAAAAUCUAAGCUAAUGAACAGGGGAUUACCAAUACUUGCCAAAGUUUGAACUCUAACUCUGACUUGCCUUAACCAUGCGAAUGACAAACUGAGAUGUGAUCAAACCAAAGGAAGACUGAGGUAUCUUUUUCAAAAGGCCUCCAGAACCAUAGAAAUGGUAACCGUUAGACAGAUCAUUUUGACAUGAAUGAGCUCCUUUUAAUGGACCAAAACUUAAAAGAGUGGAUUAUUUUCUCCAAGGCCGUCUGCUGUUGUCGUUGAUGUAUUUCUCUUGGUUCAGGCCGCGUUAGCAUUCCCAUGGCAAUGGCAAAAUAGGUUUUAAUAGAUGAUGCAAACUUUGGCAGGCUACUGGUGGGAUCAUUGUUCUUUAAUUCACUCUUUUAUUCAGCUUUUAUUGAGGUGUUUUUGCUGUACAUUUGCCAUUUGAUGCUGUAAAUAUUCUGCCAUUUUAUGUAUGAACUUUUUCUGAGUGUGCGUGCAUGUGUGUGCCUGAGUUUGCGUGAGAUUGAAAAACAUCCAACAUUUGCUUUUUGCAAAGUUGAUUUCUGGGUAGCUGUGCAAUAGCUUUAUCUCUAAUUUUUGAUGUUUAACAUCACAGUAUCAUGAGUAUGUUUGCCACAUUCACUUACUGCAAAGUGUGAUUAUAUGCAGUGUAUGAUAGAGGAUUGGUCACACUGGCUGUCUGACAAGAAAUCACAGUUAAUGCCUUCAUGAUAUCUAAGUCACUGAUCACAGUAUCAUCCUCCUAUAUCAAAGCUCUGAUAAAUGUUGCUUCACUUGCCUUUAAACUUAGCUGGAGAGCUUCUUCACUCCGCUCUUGGUGGUAGAAAUGGCCUUUUACUAGCGCUUGUCUACCUGAGAUCUGCCAAAUUAGGUUUUGUUUGCGCUCGAGUCUUCAGAAAGAGGCAAAAGUUGCCAAGUAUUUCAUAGAUGUGCAAAGUUUGAUAAUGCCUUUUUGAAAUUAAAGAAGGAAAGUUUAGAAGAAUUGUCGACUGGAAACAAAGCCAGCGACUGGAAAGAUUGUUGGACCCAUAAAAGCACCUUGUAAGAGCGUAAACAAAGCCUUUUUGCUAUUUGUGACUAAGAAGGGAAUCAAACCGAAGUUUGAAAUGAUGUAGUGUUGAACCUGAGUUGCGUAUGUAUAUACUGCUAUUUGAUUGGUGAAGCUUUGUGCAUAAUGAACUAGAAAGCCGAUGCAGGACUUGUAAGAAUCCUGUUUCUGAAGACAGUUUGCUUUGUUGGCUAAAGUGUUAUCAAUGAAAGAUUUUGGGACAGAAUGAAUAAAACUCUAUAAAAGCUGA